AUGAAAGCGCUCGCCAACUGCAGCCUUCACUACGCACUGAUCAAUAGAAUCGAUGAAACAGCUGCUCUCACUCCACUUGCUGCCCGAGGAGGAAGGCACCGCGAAACAGAGGAGGAACAUUCCCAAUUAGUUUAUUUUUCUAAAGUUUGCUGUUUGAGAGCUGCAAAUAAGUCUCAGAAGAAGCUGCAGCGGGAGCUGCCGACAAGUGACAGCCCGCAGCAUCGACAGCAACUGUUUGCAGAGGGGGAAAAAUGGGCACAGCGAACGAUUCCCACUUCCUUCCUCCCUCCCCUCCCACUGUAUCUCCAAAAAACAAAAUUAAAGAAUGGUGAACUUCAUUUGGCAGCUUUUCUUCGAGGAUUCGACUCCAGGAGAAGCCUGGAGCACUCUCGCGCGGAAGCUCGGCAGCUGCAGCCGGGCUGGGCUGCGCUGCUGCUGCGGCUGGCGCUGGUGCACCUGCUGAGCUCCGUGGCAGUGGCUGGGGGCCUCGCAGCAAACCUGUGGCUGUCUCGCCGGGGCCUCUGUGUGCGUCUGCCGCGCGGGCUGGGGCCCCUGGGGGCCCUGGGGGCCCUGCACGCGCGCGCCCACUCUUGGCUGCUCUCCCGCGUCUGCCCCAGCAGCCCCUGGCUACAGCAGGUCCUGCUUGGCCCUUUAUUUGAGGAACUCGAGUUCAGGCUGCUGCUGCCGCUGCUGCUGUCACGGGCAGCUGGCCUUGCGGGGGGCCUUGCGGACAGCCGCGCGGCUGCUGCUGCGGAAGCAGAGCAGCAGAGUCGCAAAGAAGGGGGCAGGGAGGCUUCUUUGCAAGGAAGUAAAGACGAAAAGAAGUGGCUGAGGGAGGGGCGGGCGAAGGGCGUUUGUGCGGCAUUCAAGUGUACGUACAGCCCAGGAGUUGUUGUUGCAUGCUCAGCGCUCUUCGCGUUCGCCCAUUAUGAGUCAUUUCCACUUUCUGAAAAAAACCCUUUUCAGUCCCGCCGUGCUGCUGCAGCAAAGUGUUGCAUUCGCGCCAACCGCUGGCUGACAGCUUUGCUGCAGGGGCUGGCCUGGGGCUUCGGGCCUCCUCUGAUUUUGAAAGGCACGCAGCACUCAGCUGCUGCGCUGCUGUCGCUGCUGCUGUCCUUCUUGCUGCACGCCCUCAACAACCUGCAGUCUGCUGCGCUGCUGCAGACGCUGCAGCGGCGCCGCAGCAGCAAACGCCGGGCCCAGAACCCCUUCGCGUUUGGAACUCUGGAGUCUAGUUAG